AAAUCAGAAAUCUUGGAAGUGUUGUACUUUUUCAUAGCAAUUCAAUUUUGCUGUGGUGUCCGUCUCCUCUCCUCGUUGCGAGAAAAAGUAGACGUAUAAAGUGAAUUCCGAAUUGUGAUAGUUAUAUUAUUGCACAUUUCCAAGUUUAACGGCGCUGCGAAAUCCAUUCGUUAGCGAUAUCCAACCGUGAUAAUUUGGUGUGCUGGAAAGAGUAUCGGUACUGCAAUCGAAGCAACCCCGAGUCCUACAUUGUGCUGGUGGAGCCUAGUUUUUCCCUGGAACUGAGUGAAGGAAACGUUUUCCGCAUCGACCAUGAGUCCCGAAUACGAUUACUUGUUUAAACUGCUGCUGAUCGGUGACUCCGGUGUUGGAAAAUCAUGCCUUCUGCUAAGAUUUGCCGAUGAUACAUAUACGGAAAGUUACAUCAGCACAAUUGGUGUGGAUUUCAAAAUUCGAACCAUAGAUCUGGAUGGCAAAACCAUAAAACUGCAAAUUUGGGAUACUGCAGGACAGGAGCGCUUCCGCACGAUAACGUCGUCGUAUUACCGCGGUGCGCAUGGCAUCAUCGUGGUAUAUGAUUGCACUGAUCACGAUUCGUUCGAGAAUGUGAAGCAGUGGCUGGAGGAAAUCGAGCGUUAUGCUUGCGAUAAUGUGAACAAACUGCUAGUAGGCAACAAGUGUGAUCUGCAAACGAAGAAGCGUGUCGACACCACAACGGCAAUGGAACUGGCGAAUCAGUUGGGAAUUCCAUUUCUGGAGACUUCGGCAAAAAAUGCAAUCAACGUAGAGCAGGCAUUCAUGACUAUGGCCGCCGAAAUUAAGAAUCGUGUCGGACCUCCGUCCAGUGCCGCAGAUCCGCCAAGUGCUGUGAAGAUCGACAAGGGACGCAAUGUGGAAGCAAAGUCAGGCUGUUGCUGAACACUAAACUGUUCCGUGUCAGCAGUUAAUCUUAUUAUGAUUUUCAUCCUCUCAAUCGAUCGACCACCAUGCUCCUUCCCUUUGCGCUACGUGCCAUCUAUGGCGGUAGCAACAGCAUGAAUUGAGGGCGAAGCCGAAGAAAGACCCUGAGUGUAGGAAGAUGCGCAACAGCUAAAGUAAUCGUCACCUAACACAUCCACACACCAUAGAACAACUAUCCGGAACACACCUUUCCCAAAAUUCAAACUGGGACAUGCGACCGCAAUCUGCGGGAGCAAAGAAGUGCCGGUUGUAUCGCUACGCGCAUCGUAAUAUGUUUUCUUUUACGAUCUUUUUCACGUGUCUGGUUGCAGUAUCACACACUUCUUGCUAAUAGACUACUAUUAUUAUAAUUAUUAUAUAUGAAAUACCGACAUGUUUUUUUGUUUUUUUUUUGGAGAAAUAAAACGAGCGUAGUACUCUGCAGCAAAAGAGCGAAAAGCAUAGCAAUGUGUAGGCGAGUAGAAUGCCUUUAUGCAUCGAGGGAUGGGCAGUGCGUGAAAGGAAUGUAGAAGUAUAAAUAUCAUAAGGUUAAAAGAGGUCAACAUAUGCUUAAGUGCAUUCUGCAUGAUUUUUUCGGAUACCUGUGGUACGAUAACGCAACGGAGACAUCGUUUGUGGAUAAGGGAGUUAGUUUUAAAUCUGUAUCAAUGAGCCACGCAUUCAAGAAUUCGAUUGUAGCGUUUCAUCGAUGAGGUGCAUACAGCAAACUCCAUAAACACCACACACAACACACAUACAAAAAUACAAGCAUACAGAAAGAGACAUAAUAAAUAGCGGAAAUUGGAAAAUAUUGAAAUCUUUGGAGGAAUAUUCGCUGGAAAGAACAAAUGAUUUGCAAAAAUUACGAUCAAUAGUACCGAUCGUUUUUUUUGUUUCUUUCUGUUACUUACAUAUUCUCAUAUGAAAUCUAGUACAGUACAUAUUUCCUUGAAAGACAUGUUCCAGUGCUAUCAAGAAAUAAUAAACAAAGUACUCAAUUGCCUUCGAUUUUUCUCCAAGCACCACCUUAUUAGAUUACAAGCUUGGCACCGUGCAUGGUAUGGUAGUUUGUAAUAAAGUACUAUUCCGUUUGCAUUAAAGGAGAGCAAGGAAGAAUAAACAAAUAUUGCCCUAUUUAACCAUGGCAAAUAAGCGUUUAGCAAUGCAGGCUAAUGAAGGCCUAAGUGCUGGAAUUAGUACAACAAACUGGCAUGAACAUUAAACAAUAACAUAAUAGAA